AUGGAUUUUCACCCUAUUCCAGAACAAUUAAUAAAGAAAGCUAUUUCAGGACAACAAGGCAGUCCAGAUUGGUCAGCGAUAUUAAAUAUCAUAUCAAAAUUAGAAGGUAAUGCUUCUGCGAUGAAUUUAUUACUUGAAUCCAUGGCCAGAUACAUCCAGAAGGGCCCAAAUUCAGCUAAAUACAACACAUUAAUGCUUCUUGAUGCAUUAUUUAAGAACGGAAAGAAGCCUCAGCUCUCAAAAUUGCAAUGUGAUUUCUUAUAUCAGACCCUUUCCGACUCUUCAGUCAGUGAUGACCCCAAACUCCAGAAUUUCGUCCAUGAAAACGUAUCUGAGUGGGUAAAAGCCUGCGCAACAAACGAUUGCUUAGAUGAUAAGUUUGUUCAGUGGCAAAAGACUAAUGGCUCCUAUCGUUUCAUUGAAGGUCUAACAUCCGAUAUGAGAGCUAAGUUCAUAGAACAAUUUGACACUUGUGCGGAAAUGAUUACAAUUUUCUCUCAAUUUUUGAUCUCCGCUUAUUUAGACAAAACUGGUGUUUCUACUCCUGUUAUUAAAGAAAUACUGCCAAAUAUUAGAGAAAUUGAGCUCAGAACCGAAAAAUUACUUCCAACUUUUAAAGAUUUCCAAAUGAAAUCUUACUGUUCGGCUAUUUACAAUUUCGCAAGCGUUACAGUCGAAUUCCACGACGCAAUGAAGAAAGAAAAAAGUUUUGAUAUUAGUCGCGUAAUAAAAGCCCUCAAAAACGUACAGAAGAUAGCUCCUCAACCACAGGGAGUCGAGGUAGUCCCUGAAGUACAAGAAAAGAAGCCUUUAAGAACUGCUGGAGACGAUAUUACGGAUGAAGAAUUCUUUAUCGAAUUACAUAAGCUUAAGAAGCCAGUUGCAGUUGUAUCAAAUGAUCCUGUCGAUCUAUUAGGACUUUCAGCCCCUGCAGCUCAGCCAAAAGUCGAUAAUUUACUUUUAUUUUAA